UUUAAGCAAACCUCAAGCAGUGUCAAUUUUGACACCGUGUAUAUGUUUAAUUAUAAUAUUUAGUCUUGGUAGUGUCGCACAGUGUAGUCAUCGUAUUUGUUUCACAUGACAUACGUAAAUAUAGUUCAUAAAAGUUAAACAACCAAAAUGGAUGAAAAUAUACAAAAAUUGCAAAAUUAUAUUAUUUCUCCAGAAUUACCAAUACAUAAUCCAUUGCCAGAGAUCAUACCGCGCCGAUAUAAUGAGUCGCGUCUGCUACACCUGCCAAAAGGUUCGGCCAGCACCAAACUGGUGCCACGUAGAGACUUCAUAACCGGCGGGAUUAUUGAAUUUGUUGAGGUAGAUGUGGAGGAUGUUGGAGCCAACGCAUGUAAUUCAACUUCAAUGCGGCGAGAACCUGGACUGUUGGAAGAAUCAACUCGGGGUUCAGCUAUGAAUUUCCCAUUCUGGCCGGGUGGUUUCGACGAGCCGCCACGCGAGAUAAAAAAAUUGGACGUAGAUUUGGAUUUGGGUUCAGAGUUGCUAACAGUGCCGCCAGGAUUUCAAAAAGGCUAUAACUUCGAAGACACCAAACUGGAAUCACAAUUUGGAGGUAUGGUUAUUAGCAAAAGUGAUAACGUCAACCUAUUAGAGAAUUUGGAAAAAGAUUUGGAUGUGCAAGAAUGGUUAAAGUUGAGCGAAGAACCAGUAAAAUCGGAUUCCUUAAAUAAUUUCAACGAUUCAAUGGACUUUAAAGAUAUAGAAGAACAUAUUAUGAGUGCAGAUCUUAAGCCAGUUUUAGAAAUAUCGAAUGCUAAUACAAAAUCUGCAUUCAACAGUGAAUGGGCGGAGAUGGUAGAUAUUACACAUCCAAUUGACAAUUUUAAGGAAAAAAUUCCAUGUCCUGCUAUGACGUAUCCAUUUGAGUUAGAUGUUUUUCAAAAACAGGCCAUACUCAAGUUGGAAGAGCGUCAGUAUGUUUUUGUAGCAGCGCACACAUCUGCGGGAAAAACUGUGGUUGCUGAAUAUGCAAUUGCCUUAUCACAAAGAGAUCUGACACGUACAAUUUACACCUCACCUAUAAAAGCUUUGUCUAAUCAAAAAUACAGGGAUUUCAAAAAGACUUUUAAAGACGUUGGAUUGAUUACCGGUGAUCUACAGAUUGAUCCAACUGCUUCCUGCUUGAUUAUGACCACCGAAAUUCUUCGCUCAAUGCUCUAUUGUGGUAGUGAAAUAACAAGGGAUCUGGAAUACGUAAUUUUCGACGAAGUGCAUUAUAUAAACAACCCUGAACGUGGACACGUAUGGGAGGAGGUAAUAAUAUUACUUCCUGACCAUGUAAAUAUUAUCAUGUUAAGUGCCACUGUACCAAACACCAUGGAACUGGCCGAUUGGGUCGGUAGCACCAAAAAAAGAAAAGUUUAUGUUAUAAGUACACUUAAACGACCGGUACCACUUAUGCACUACCUCUACACUGGUUGCGGUGGCAAAAGCAAAGACGACAUAUUUUUGUUAGUCGAUGCUAAUGGAAAAUUUCUGCAGGAAAACUACGUAAAAGCAGUAGAGCGCAAAAAAGAAAUGCAAUCCAAAUCAAAGACUGGUCAAGGAGGCAGUGGUCCGCCAGCAAAAAAUUUUGUAAGCGCUAAGCAAGAUCAAAACAUGUGGAUAGGACUCAUAGACUUUCUAAAACGGAACAAUAAAAUGCCUGUAGUAGCAUUUACCUUAUCUCGUAAUCGUUGUGAUAUUAAUCUGCAGGCUCUGCAAUCAGUCGACUUGAACACAGCACGCGAAAAGGGUUCUGUACAAAAAUUCUUCCAACAAUGUUUGCAAAAGCUGAAACCCCCAGAUCGUCAAUUGCCACAAGUGCUUACAAUGAAGGACUCUCUUGAACGCGGUAUAGGUGUACAUCACAGUGGCAUACUGCCCAUACUUAAAGAGAUUGUCGAAAUGCUCUUCCAAUCGGGAUUAGUUAAACUACUCUUUGCGACAGAAACAUUUGCUAUGGGCGUUAAUAUGCCAGCGCGUACUGUAAUUUUUGAUUCUCACCGAAAAUAUGAUGGAAUGGAAGUGCGUAAUCUAAAGCCUGGCGAAUACAUACAAAUGGCUGGUCGUGCUGGUCGUCGUGGACAUGAUGAGAACGGUACUGUUAUUUUACUAUGCAAAGCACAAGUGCCACCGGCUAUGGACUUGCGCUCAAUGAUACUCGGUCAACCAGAAAAGUUGCAAUCACAAUUUAUCUUACGUUAUGCUGUUAUAUUGACUUGUUUGCGCAUUGAAAGCAUCAAAGUCGAGGACAUAAUACAGUUCAGUUUCAAAGAAUUCAAUCAAAAACAACAAAUACCAUUGCAAAAAAAGCAAUUAGAGGUGGCACAAGAUAAAUUCUCGCAAUUACCCGAAUUGGGUGAGCAUCUGCAGCCAUUGUGUAAAUUUUAUGAGCUAGCCCAAGAGUAUCUCACGGAAAGACAGCGCUUAAUGAAAUACUUGUUGUCCCAACCUAAAAUAACUAAAGAACUGAAAGUGGGACGUGUACUUGUGGUUACACAAGGUAGACACUAUAAUAAAUUGGGUAUUAUACUCUCCAUAAAAUCCACUCCCGGUAAGGAUACAGUCUACAGACUUUUAGUACUCGAACAUCAGUUUGGCGCAAGUGAGCAGAAAGAACUGCUGAAUCGGGGUGAAAUGUAUUACAAAAUAGUUUCUCUAACUCCACAAAACAAGUUCUUCCAACCUGAAGGCAUCGGCGGUCAUUGCGUUGUAGAUGCAAAAGCUGCCGAUAUUGUUGAGAUCACAAAAACGACCAUUAAAGUUGACGGUGAUGUCAUAAUACGCAAUUGGGAACAAAGGCAAAUUGAACGAUUUAGAGACUCACCACCAGGUGCUACCGUCGUUAAAGCUGUAAGCGAGUUGCAGCAGCUGAAUCAGAACUACAUCGAUAAACCGGAAACAUUAAAGUUCAUGAAUCUUUCUAAAGAAGUUAACAUUAGUGAGGAGAAUGAGUUAGCGCAAAUUCGUUACACCGAACAUUUAUGGAAACAGCUAAUAGCCUUAUUACCUCAUACGAAUAUCGCUGGUUUUGAGCAAGAGUUCGCUACCGUUUUUGAACGAAAAGUGCUGGAGCGUCGCAUUGAAGAGUUAAAGUUUAAAAACUCUACUAAAAAUCUUUCUCUUUACCCGGACUAUUGCAAUAAAUUAGAAGUGUUACGUGCAUUAAAGUACAUUGAUGAUUUAGAUGAGGUAACUUUAAAAGGAAAAGUCGCUUGUGAAAUGGGGCAGAAUGAACUGUUGAUAACCGAGUUAAUUCUAUGUAAUAUGUUCAACGACCUAGAACCAGCAGAAAUCGCCGCUCUCCUAUCGAGUCUUGUCUUCCAGGGCAAAAUUCAAGGAGAGCCUGUAAUACCGGAAAAGUUGAAAAAGUGCGUAAAGGAGUUCGAGGAAAUCAACGAUACAAUCUUAGCUGAAGAAUUGCGUCAUAAAACAAUUAUAGAAUCUGAUAGUCGUCUGAAUUUUGGCUUGCUAGAGGUUGUAUAUGAAUGGGCUCGCAAUAAGCCGUUCGCUGAAAUAAUGAAAUUAACUGAAGUGCAAGAAGGCAUAAUUGUGCGUUGCAUACAACAAUUGGACGAAACACUACGAGAUGUAAAAACUGCCGCCAUACGUAUUGGUAAUCCAGCCUUGCAAAGCAAAAUGGAAGACGCAUCUACUGCCAUUAAAAGAGAUAUUGUUUUUACCGCCAGUUUGUAUACAGCUUUAUAAAUUCCAUGGUUAAUACUUUAAAUGAAAUAAAACACACAGUUUUAUAAAAUUAACUGAA